UCCGUCUCUUUUCCUAUCUUCCACGAGAGGAAGGGGGGGGGAGAAACGGAGCCCUAAUGGAUUUGCUGAAGCGAGAACUCCAGAAGAAACGGCAGAGCUUGCAAUCCGACUUCGGCGGCCGAAAGCUCCUGAAGCGGUCCGAGAUCGACCAAAAGACGAUCCAAAAGCUCCGCGACGAAGAGCAGCGCGACCUCCUCUCCAAAUCCCUCCGCUCCACCUCCGCCUCCUCCUCCUCCUCCUCCCCUGCCGCCUCCUCCUCAACCGCCAAUGCCUCGUCGUCUUCUCUCGACGCAAACCCUGGUAACUCCCUUCCCCCGGCCCUCGCCUCCGCCGCGGCUGUGGCAUCCUCCAAGAAAACCCUCGAAACCCUAUCCGAAGAGCAACGCAUCGACGACCUCGUCCUUCCCCGCCAGGAAGUCAUCCGCCGCCUUCGGAUUCUAAAGCAGCCCAUCACGUUCUUCGGCGAGGAUGAUGACGCUCGCCUCGAUCGCCUUAAGCUCACCCUCAAGUCCGGCAUCUUGGAAAUCGAUAGCGACAUGACCGAGGGACAGACCAACGACUUCCUUCGGGACAUUUACGAACUCCGUAAGCGGCAGAAAUCGGGCUCAACAUCUUCGUUCUUGCAUGACCGGACGAAGGGCAAGAGAGAUGAUGGAGACAGGUUGGAGGAUGAUGGGAUGGAUGGGGAUGGGGAUAAGAAUUUGAGCGGGGAUGGGGGUUCCUCGGGUGUGGACACCGACAAGGACUUAAAGCGGAUGAAGGCGAAGUUUGAGGAUCUUUGCGACGAGGAUAAAAUUCUUGUUUUCUUCAAGAGGCUGUUGAAUGAGUGGAACCAGGAAUUGAACGAGAUGGCGGAGGCAGAGAAAAGAACAGCCAAGGGAAAGUCCAUGGUUGCUACUUUUAAGCAGUGUGCUCGUUAUCUGAGCCCAUUGUUCAAGUUCUGUAGGAAGAAGGUACUUCCAGAUGACAUUCGUCAAGCUUUACUGGUUGUGGUGGAGUGCUGCAUGAAAAGGGAUUAUCUGGCUGCAAUGGAUCAGUACAUUAAGAUGGCCAUUGGAAAUGCCCCAUGGCCUAUUGGUGUCACCAUGGUUGGCAUCCAUGAACGUUCAGCUCGUGAGAAGAUCUACACAAACAGUGUGGCCCAUAUCAUGAAUGAUGAGACCACCCGUAAAUAUCUUCAAUCUGUUAAGAGGCUUAUGACCUUUUGCCAGCGACGCAAUCCAGCAGUUCCAUCCAAAUCCGUAGAGUUCAAUAGCCUGGCAAACGGAAGUGACUUACAAUCCCUUCUAGCGGAGGAAAGGUAUCCUGGAAAAGGAGCUUCUGAAGAAAGGCUCCGAUUGUUGCCUACACCAAAGGAAUAAUCCUGAAUGUUCGGGUCUGGGGCUUGUCCUGAAAGGCUUCAGAUUGUUGCCUGAUCCGAGUAGUAGUAGUCACUGGGUGAUUGAUAUCCUAGUAUAAUCCUUAUAUGUAUGCUUGUUUGUAUCACAUUUGGACUGUGCCUACUCUCUCCAGUUUGGGGCAAUGCCACUCUGAGCACUAUUACUGGCUUGAUGAUAGGGGAAUAUUUUUUUCCUCUGCUUACAUUAUUGGGUAAUUUUUAUGUUCUGCUUAUUUUCA